CUUCCUCAUCUUGUGCUCUGUUUUCAUAUUUUACGCAUAGCCAUGACAGCCCAAGAAUCCAAAACCAAUGUUGCUUUACUGGUCAGCCCCGGCAUAGGCCACCUCAUUCCCUUCCUUGAGCUAGCCCACCGCCUCGUCCACUACCACAACCUCCAGGCCACCCUCUUCGUCGUUUGCUCUAGCACCUCCGCCGCCGAGUCACACCUCCUCCAAAAAUCCUCUGCCGUCAACAUCGUGCCCCUUCGCCCCACCGUCAGUCUCGACCCAAAUGCCAAUUUCAUCGACAAAAUCAAGGCCAUAAUGUCCGCCUCAUCCCCACUCCUUCGGCGCUCCCUCUCCGCUGCCCAGCCCCUCCCGGCGGCGCUGAUUGUCGACCUUUUUGGAACAUGGGCUCUUGCCAUAGCCCACGAACUCGGCAUGUUAGGGUUCGUUUUCAUGACCACUAGUGCUUGGUUCCUUUCGCUUGCCAUGUUUUUUCCCACCAUGGACAAGCAAAUGAUCGACGACCACGUGUACAGCCAUGAGCCGCUGAGAAUCCCGGGUUGCAGCCCGGUCCGGUUCGAGAAUACCGUCUCGGUGUUCGAGGAGGAUGAUUACGAGGGCUUUUUUGGAAUUAUGGCGAGGGAGCUUGGAACGGCUGAUGGGAUUUUGUCGAACACGUGGCAGGAUCUGGAGCCCACAACCAUAAAAGCGCUAACUGAAAUUGAGACUCUCACCUAUGGGAAAGUUAAAGGCGUCCCGAUUUAUCCAAUUGGGCCGUUGACUAAAUGCUGUGAGCCCAAUUUGGAGAGCGAGGUGCUGAAGUGGCUCGACAGGCAACCGGAUGAGUCGGUGAUAUAUGUGUCGUUUGGAAGUGGGGGGACGUUGAGUGAAGAACAAAUCAAGGAAUUGGCGUGGGGGUUGGAGCUGAGUCAGCAGCGGUUCGUUUGGGUGAUACGGCCGCCAGUGGAUACCGAUUCCUCGGGGACAUUUUUCACAGCAGGGAACGAAUCGGGGGACCACAAGUGGCCGCCGGAAUACCUCCCGGAAGGAUUUGUAAACAGGACGAAAGAGGUGGGUUUGCUUGUUCCGAUAUGGGGACCACAGGCAGAGAUUUUGAGUCACCGAUCGGUAAGGGGAUUUUUGACGCACACUGGUUGGAACUCGUCGUUAGAGAGCAUAGUGAACGGAGUGGCGAUGGUGACGUGGCCACUGUACGCAGCGCAAAAGAUGAACGCGGCGGAGCUGACGGAGGAGGUGGGAGUGGGUGUAAGGGUGUCGGAGGGGUUGGUGAGUAGGGAGGAGAUAGAGAGUAAGGUGAGGAAGAUAAUGGCGGAGGAGGAUGAAGAAGGGCGGGAAAUCAGAGAGAGGGUUAAGGCGCUUAAGCGUAGUGGGGAAAGGGCCGCCGCCAAGGGUGGGUCGUCGUAUAAUUCGCUGGCUGAGGUGGCUGCAGAAUGUGACAUUUUCCGCCGCCAGACACAGCUUAGGAGGGCCGCCGCCGCCUGAUGCUACUAUGUUCUCAGGUAGUGAACAUCCUUUGCGUUUAAAUGUUUUUUAUUUUCUUUCUGUUUUUGUUUUUAGUUCAACCACAGAAGAAUAAAGCGAAAAAGGUGAAGUAAUUAAUAUAAGGAUAUUUUCGUCA